AUGUCGGGCCGCGCUUCGGGAGUUGUUGAGGCGGCCGCAGAAGCGAUCGGAGAAGCUGGCACGUGCCAGGCGACUCAUUGGGGGAGAGAGGCGAUGGAGAGAGGCGGCAGCAUAGAGCUGCUCACAGCGGAGGAGCGCCUUGACGGCUCGCAAGGAAUCGCGGCUUUGCUCUCUGGCAGUCGUCAAACGCAAACGGCGCUGUCUUCGACUGGCCGCUUGAUCGCCAUAUGCCAUGUGCUGUCUGUCAUCUUUGCGCGGCGCCACAGCGAAUCGGGCAGUCUGGAAGCAGGACGAGACAGUUGUGGCUGGUGCUGGAGUGUGGCUGGUGUUCUGCUCACCUACUGA